UAUUGGAGAUGUGUCGAGGAUAAAAGCUACAUUAUCUCCAGCUGACCGGGGAAAUAUUUGAAGAUGCUAAUUGUAAAUUUGAAAUAAGUUCCAAAGGACCUCUCCUUAACCAUUGUAACCACGAUCACUUGUGUAUUUCCUCUUUCCAGUCAUGAUGAUCAUGUACUAAAACUAAACUUUGCAGUGGCGUAUUAUACCCUCUGUGCUUCCAAUUGGCUGAAAUUGCCCAGGCUUUGUGAUGUCAUAGCCAUGUCACCCUCUGGGCAGUCUGACUCUCCCAGCCACAGCCAAGUGUGAUGUCUUGGACCGUCUUUUGGCUAAUCCCCCUGAUUGUCAUGAGAUCUCAUGGCUGCCUGAAAUGCAGCAAGGAUGCCAUGGCCAUUCUGAGGGACUUCAACAAUCGCUACCUGGAAAAAAAACUCCAGAGAAACCCUGACCUCAAAACAAAGCUGCAGAAACUCACGGAGACUGCUGUAGAAGAUCUGUCACUUCACCCCGUACAUCCACAAGUAUAUACAGGAAUUAUUGAUGAGUUUUCUCUAGAAAAACUGGCAGCUCACUUCAAACGCGCUGUGAACCAGAUCAUGGAGAACGAGUUCGAAGGUGGGCAACUUUUUAACGAGGUGACGUGGAUGCUCCAGAAUUUGGUGGAUACUUUUAAGAAGCUAAUGCCAACCUUCCAGAAGCGUUUUUGUAGCAAUGAAUGUGAUUCCUAUUCUGCAGGUCAAAUGGUGUACAUGUUCAUCAGCUGCCACACAUGCAAAGUGGAUUAUUACACGUGCACCAAGGACUUUAGGUGUGGAGAACGGAAAGUACAAGUGGCAACAGAUGAAGAUUUGAUUCUGGACUGUGCUCUGAAGUGGCACAAGGCAAGCCACGGCGUGAAGAAAUAUUCCUUUUACCGGAUAGUGGGUGGCAAAGAGCGGCUGAUGACCAGUGGUUUGGAUGCCUUCCUGGUCAAGAAGGAAGCCAAUGCAAAUGACACGGGCAAAUAUCGGUGCAAAAUGCUGGGCGUGGAGGGAUAUAUUGCCAGCCAGUUGGACUUCCAAGUGGUAGUGCUUCCUGGAGAGGGGCAGGUGACUUGGUUCCCCAGGCCACAAACCAGCCGGGAUGGCCCUCUAGCUUUGGGCGUCUCUUCCAGGGCUCCACCGCCCCAAGCAGACUGGACAGUCUGGAUCGUGAUUGGGAGCACAGGAGGGUUGUUCCUUCUCAUCAUCGGAGGAUUCAUAUAUUUUUAUCGCCGUAACAUGAAGAAAGAAGAGAAGGCAAAUGAAGAGAGUGAUGAUGAAACUGAGAGUGAAAUGUCAGAGCUGGUGGAAAUGUGAAGCCUUUAUACUCCUCCCCUUUUCAUGGUCUUUACUCACCGAGAUUGCUGCCCCCCCAAACCUCCCUAUAUUGUGCUUGCUUGUAUAUACAUACAUAUAUUUAGUUAUAAAGAUAUUGCAUGUACAUUUUUAA